AUGUCCGAGCAAAACAAGAAAUUAUAUGCUGUUUAUGCACCAGAUGAGCCUGGACGACAUGUAUUCGAAGAGUGGAGCGAGGCGAAGAAACUGUGUUCUUCACCUUCAUGUAGGUUCAAUAUCCUGCGUUCUCUCUUAUUUUUAGCGAGAUUCAAAAUCUGCACAUCUGAUUCUGACGUUAAUGAAUUUUAUGAAAUGAUCGAGAACAUCCAACCGAGUGGAGAUAGUGAUGCGAACACCGCAGUUGAACCCAAAGCUCCCUACUCUGAACCUAAAGGUGUAUUUCUGAGUCGAUUCAGGGUUUUGAUUGAGAAGAAGGACAAUGAAAAAUUUGAUGAAUUUGUCGAAGAAAAUCCCCGUUACCUCGUGAAUACGAGUGGAGAGAAACCAACUAUUUUACACAACGGAAUUCGGUUUGCUUAUUUCUAUUGUCGUUGAUUAUUCGGAUUUAGACACAAUUCUCUUCAUGUUGCAUGCCAUCAUGGUAAUCUUUACGUUGUUAAAAGAGUUCUUUCCCUCAUUUGUUCUCCGGAGUUUAUGGCGAAAGCAUACGGUUCAGACGUUGAGAUCGGGAUGAAAUGCGCUCAUUUCCUUGAUUUAUAUUUGAACCUGCCAGAUAAAAACGCCAAUAACACCCCGUUACAUCUCGCUGCUAAAGCUGGUCAUGUGGAUAUCGUGAAGGAACUGUUGGAAUACAAACAAUUGGUAAAGGAACCGUUGAAUAAGUGA